CCUUAAGCGCCGGCGGGUGUGGGCAGCGGGUUCGAGUCCCGGUAGUGACGGCGGGGAGGCGGCCAUGGCGCGGCGGGCCGUGUUGUUUGACCUUGGCGGUGUGCUCUUCCGACCCGGCCUGCAGCACUUCCUAGGCUCCUGCGAGCAGGACUUCGCGCUGCCCAGGAAUUUCUUGCGGGAUGUCCUGUUUGCUGGUGGCUCCAACAGUGCCUAUGCCAGAGUGAUGAAGGGACAGAUCACUCUGUCCCAGCUCUUCCUGGAGCUGGAGCAGGGCUGCCAGCAGCAUGCCUCCGCCUCGAACAUCAGCCUGCCACCCACCUUCUCCGUCACCAGAGCCUUCGAGGAGAUGGCAGCCAAGGGAACACUCAAUGCUCCCCUUCUGCAGGCAGCCAGGGUGCUGCGGAGGAAUGGCUUUAAGACCUGUGUCCUCACCAAUAACUGGGUGGAUGACAGCGGCGGGCGCCUCGCCACGGCCAGGCUGAUGAACCUGCUCCACCGACACUUCGACCUGGUCCUCGAGUCCUGCCGGCUCGGGGCGCAGAAGCCGGAGCCUGACAUCUACACUCGCGCCCUGGAAGCGCUGCAGGCGAAGCCGCAGGAGGUCAUCUUCCUGGAUGACAUUGGGCAGAACUUGAAGCCAGCCCAGGAGAUGGGCAUGGCCACCAUCCUCGUCAGGGACACCCAGGCUGCCCUCAAAGAGCUGGAGGAGCUCUCCGGUGUCCAGCUUCUCACACAAGAAGAGCCCACACCGACUGCCUGUGAUCCAUCCAACGUGACCCAUGGAUAUGUGCCCAUCCGGCCUGGUGUCCAGCUGCACUUCGUGGAGAUGGGGCAGGGCCCUGUUGUCUGCCUCUGCCAUGGCUUCCCUGAGUCCUGGCUCUCCUGGCGCUACCAGAUCCCAGCUUUGGCUGAUGCUGGCUUCAGGGUGAUUGCUCUGGAGAUGAAGGGCUAUGGAGAGUCCACAGCCCCACCAGAUGUCAGAGAAUACUCCCAGGAGCAGAUAUGCAAGGACCUGGUGGUUUUCCUGGACAAACUGGGCAUCCCACAGACAGUGCUGAUUGGGCAUGACUGGGGCGGUGCCGUGGUCUGGAACAUGGCUCUCUUCUACCCUGAGAGGGUCAGAGCUGUGGCCUCGCUGAACACUCCAUACCGACCUGCUGACCCCUCUGUGGAUGUCAUGGAGAAGCUGAAGUCCUAUCCCAACUUCAACUACCAGUUCUACUUCCAGGAGCCAGGUGUUGCAGAAGCAGAGCUGGAGAAGGACAUUGGCCGCACCCUGAAGGUCCUGAUCCGCUCCACACGGCAGGAGGACCGCCUGCCCUCCCCACUCAACUUGAAUGCGGUCCAGGAAAGAGGGGGACUACUGGUGGGCUUCCCAGACAGCCCCCCUGCCAGCCAGAUCCUGCAUGGCCCCGAGCUGCAGUACUACAUCCAGCGCUUUGAGAAGUCAGGCUUCAGCGGCCCCCUGAACUGGUACCGCAAUAUGCGACCCAACUGGCACUGGGCACUCACUGCCAAGGACAGGAAGAUCAUGGUGCCAGCGCUGAUGGUCACAGCUGGGAAGGAUGUGGUGCUGCAUCCCGCCUUAAGCAAGGGCAUGGAGGAGUGGAUCCCUCAUCUAUGCCGGGAGCACAUCGAGGAGUGUGGCCACUGGACGCAGAUGGAGAGCCCAUAGGGGUGGCCUGUUCCUGAGUUUUGGACUCUUUCUUCUUCAACAGUAUGCAUCCUGCCUGGUUCCUUAGCCCUUCAGGACUGCCACCAAAGGAACUAUGGCCACCAGUCUCUGAAACAGGCCAAGGUCUGCCUGUUGCAAGUCCCAGGUGGCAGCUCUGGCACCAGCGAGGAGCCCUCCCUUUGCCCCACAUUGCUUUGGGUACAGGGGUGCAGGAUUGCAGCCAGCCACCAUCACUUGCACCUACCAAACUUCACAGCACCAGGUUGACCUUCAGCCCAGCCCUGGAUUCUGGAGAUGGCUCCAGCUUUGUUCCAGGGUUCAUAUUUCAGCCUCACCAAGAGUGAAACCAUCCAGUUUAUUGGUGAAGGGCACUCUGUGGCCAAUACAACCUCAAACCACAGCAGCACUUCCACCCUGGGGAGCCAAACAGAAGGAUGGCACAGUGUGACCUGCUCUGAUAAUCCUCUGGACCACACUAAAACAUCCCUGGAAUUGUGAGGGUUUAUCUCAGCUUCUCUC